AUGACAACCCCAACCAUCACCACUGCUCUCAUCACCUCCAAUACUUCACAAGUGGCAGCCUUUGCAGGGGGUUGUUUCUGGGGUAUCGAGCAUCUCCUACGGAAACACUUCCAGAAAACGCAGAUAAUCGACAUCAAGGUUGGGUAUGCCAACGGCAAAGAAGACGUUCAUUCUCCAUCCUACAAGGCCGUCUGCACGGGGGCAACCAACUUUGCAGAGGCUGUCCUUGUCUCCUACGAGCCGUCCAGAGUCUCCUACAAAGAGCUGACGGAGUUCUUCUUCCGUAUUCACGACCCAACCACACUCAACUCCCAGGGACACAAUGUCGGCACACAGUACAGGAGCGGCAUCUACUACACUACACCUGAACAGCAAGACGUUGCCCAACGUGUGAAAGACGUCUUCCAGAGAGAGUGGUACAAAACAACUUCAAUUGUAACCGAAAUCCAGCCAUUGAAGAACUUCUACGACGCCGAAGAGUACCACCAAAUGUAUCUAGAUGUCAACAAUCUCAACCUUAACUGUGCUGCACAUUACCUCCGAGACCGGCCAUAG